CUAAUCCUAGCGAAGAAGAAGUCAGUCAGAACAGACCUUCUGUGUACGACACGUGGGUUCACUCAUUCCCAUGGACCUCCGCUGGCCUUGACCUGCCUUUGGUCAGGAACUUUGGCUCCGGAAGUGAUUACUCGACCCUCCUGCAGUUCGUUGGCAUCACGUCGGUGGACAUCAGCUACAUGUAUGACCCGAAUAAGUAUCCGAUCGCUUUCUAUCCUCUGUACCACACAGAGUACGAGACAUUCGAUGCAGUGAAGAGGCUGAUAGACCCGGACUUCAGGUAUCACCGGUCCGUGGGUCAGGUGGCAGUUGAAAUUGUUCGUUUACUGGCCGACUCUCUCAUCAUUCCCUUCAACAUCUCGGACUACGCCUGGGGGCUAGAAAUGAACAGACAGAAGCUGGACAAAGGGUUUGGGUCACGACUGCAACAAAUUGUCUCUAACUACCCGGACUUGCAGAAAGUCAUAGAAGGUUUUAAGAAGGAUGUACAGACGUUUGAAAGAACCGUAUCGCAAAUAGACAGAAAGUAACAUUUGAUAUUCGCCGAAAGCAUCAACGACGCAUACGCCGGAAACAGUUUCCCAGGGCUGGUGGACCUCCUGUUUGACAUCGACAAACUGCAGGCAGACAGACUGGCAGAGCGCUGGAAGGAGAUACAACAUCAUUUCUCCGUUCUUCUCAACGCUAUACAGGCCGCGGGCUACACACUACGGGACGUCACCGAAUUCUUGGAGGAAACCUACUGAUCACCAUUUUGGAGCUUCUUGGCACGGUGCAGACCACGUGACACAAUGCAGCAUAUUUGCCGCCCACACCACCAGCACUACUACCAGACUACACUAUGUAGUCCGACGUUUGCUUAUAUGAUUGUGAAAUGUUAAAUAAUGCAAAAUAAAAGCAAU